AUGCCCCGCGCCGCCAUCGCCGUUCUCGCCGCCGCCCUGAGCCUGAGCCUCGCGUCACCGGCCGCGGCCGAGACGGACGGCGUGAAGCGCAUCGGGCAGGAGACGGCGAACCCCCGGACACCGGGAACGCUCCGCCUCGCGAGCUACAACGCGCUGAACCUCUUCGACGCGCACGACGACCCGAUGCUCCAGGGCCGCAACGACGACGCGGACGACACCAAGCCGGACGCGGAGAAAAAGGCGCUCGCCGAGGCCAUCAGAGCGAUCGACGCCGACGUCAUCGGCAUGCAGGAGAUCGAGUCUUUCUCGGCGCUCCAGGAGUUCGUCGACGAGUACCUCUCCGAGAUGGGCUACAAGCACAUCGUCUCCAUCGACGUCGGCCAGGAGCGCGGCAUCGAGAACGCGGUGAUCAGCCGCUUCCCCCUCUCCGGCGCGCGCGUCUGGCCCGGCUACCCGCUGGGGGGCGUGCACCCCGAGAAGUACGGCGAUUCGCGCAACUGGUACGCCGGCGAGCCGAUCACGUUCCGCCGCUCGCCGCUCAUGGUCGACGUGACCGUCCCCGCGGAGACGACGGGCACGGGCGAACCGUACGAGUUCACGCUCUUCGUCGUCCACCACAAAUCCGGCUACCACAACGGGUAUUGGCGCGAGGCGGAAGCCGAGACGAUCGUCUCGUUCAUCAACGACUUCCAGCGCGACGACCGCACGCGGAACAUCGCCGUGCUCGGCGACUUCAACGCCCAGGCGCACGAAAAGUCGGUCGGGCUCUACCGCGAGCGCGCCGGCAUGACCCACGCGCUCGGGCACGAGGGCCGGGACCGCAAGGAGCUGCUCACGCACUCCUCCGGACGCGCGAUCGACUUCGUUCUGCUCAACAGGGCGAUGGCCGGCGAGCUCGUCGAGGGCUCGCCCUUCGUCUUCGCGACGCCCGUCCGACCCGAGGACGCGGACUGGCGGACGACCCCCGCGCCCGAGGGAUACGCCUCGGAUCACAUGCCCGUCGUGGUCGACCUGCGCUUGCAGGACACCCCAGAUUAA